GGUCUGCUCUGCUGGUAGGGCAGCUCAGAGAUGCACAAGACAUGCGGUUCCUCCUCCGCCUCGUCACCUUGGCUCUCCUGUGCUGCUUUUUCCUCUUGUGGUUGUGGCACCUUCUCAAGAGUCACCCUCUCCAGCAAAGAGAGGAUCUGAAAGCAGAGAUGAAGGAUGACUUACCUCUGACGUUUGACACUCUCCUCUAUGUUCAGCAGCUCAGGAAAAGGACACUGAGAUCCUUCUGCAACAAAACUGGUAAAGUCACCAAGCUCCCAGCCAGCCAGCAAGAAGCAGCACAGGUGCUUUCGAGGCUCGCAGUGAGCACCAAGCUGGAUUUCCUAUACUGCCAAGUGCCAGCAAUUGGGCUAGAAAGCUGGGAAUGGCUUUUGGAGGUGCUAGAGGAGAAAGCAGAUGUGACACUAGAGAUGCCAGUUCUCCAGCCCCAGCAGCAUGGAGCCCAGAAGCAACUUAGUGAGUACAACCUGACAGUGAUGGAGGCGAUGCUGAGCUCCUACACUAAAGUGCUGUUCGUAAGGGACCCUUUCCAGAGACUCAUCUCUGCUUUCAUGCAAGGCCUGGCAGGUGGCCUAACUUUCAAAGAGUUUGUCCAGAGCAUUUUAAGCAGGGGAGCCCAGAAUGCUAGCGUGGAGUGGAAGCCACUGGUCAGCUUGUGUCAGCCAUGCCUCCUUCGGUAUGACUACGUGAUGAUGUUUGGCUUCCUCAACAGGGAGGUGCCUCACCUAAUGCACCGCAUGGGGCUGCCCAUGGAUGUCCACCUGCCCGAGUUCACAGACUCCCAGGUCCAGAGCACUUAUAGCUGGCUCUCAGAGCAGUUACUCAGUGAGCUCUCACUCAAAGAAAGGAGGCAGCUGGCCCACUUCUAUCGCUGGGACUUUGCUGCCUUCCAGUUUUCUAGCAGCUUGCUUUGGGACCUCCUCAGUACUGAGGAGAGCAGGUAGUUACCCUGUCUUAGGGUUCAUCUACACAGCAGGGCUAAAGUCGAAUUAAGUUAUGCAACUUCAGCUACUUCAAUUGUGUAGCUUAAGUCGAAAUAGCUUAAUUCGGCUUUUGGC